AAGGUGCCAUCCCGCAUUCCCCUGCACCAAGUUGCGGCUGACCCCCAGCCGCUUUUUCUGAAGCCAUGGGAAAAGGAACGUUCAGCAUUGAUCCCUCUUUGGAGGCCAAGAUGCACCAGUACCAGAUUGUUGGCCGAGCAGCACCGACCAACAAGAACCCCACUCCAAAGAUCUACCGCAUGAGGAUCUUCGCAAGGAACGUUGUUCUGGCCAAGUCCCGCUUUUGGUACUUCAUGAAGAGGCUCAACAAGGCCAAGAAGAGUGGUGGUGAGCUGCUGUCGGUGAACGAGCUUUUCGACACCAGCCCAACAAAGGUGAAGAACUACGGCAUUUGGCUUCGAUAUGACAGCCGCACAAACACCCACAACAUGUACAAGGAGUUCCGCAACGUGAACAUCAAUGGAGCGGUUGGGCAGCUGUACCAAGAGAUGGCAGGACGCCACCGUGCCAGCCCGGGCUCCAUCCAGAUCAUCCAUGCCACCACAGUUGCGGACGAACAGUGCCGCCGCGAUCACGUCCUGGAGAUGCACGACAGCAAGCUCAAGUUCCCGGUUGUCAGGAAGAUUCCUAUGGCCAAGAAGAAGCUGCGCACCACCUUCAAGGCGCUGUGUCGAUGA